AGUGAAAUAAAUAUCAUAAUUUUGUACAUUUCCACCGAUAUUAUUAAAACAUAUACGUUCUCCAAAUUCAUGAAGCAUUUUGCAAAUCGAUUAGAAAUACCCAAUUGCUUACUGCUGCUUUGACAGCCUUCAAUAAUGGCUACACAGGCAUGCAUGCAUGUGUGUGAUCAAUUGUGCUUUUAAAAAGCUGCUCUGCUACGAAAUACAAACUUCAGUACAAUCAGCAAAAUUGAUCUGGUAAACAUAAACAAAACACCGGCUUUAAUUAGCUAUUUAAGGCAGAUUUUAAGGUGGACUUUGCCAAUGAGCAGAUUGUAAAUGCAAUCAUUCACACGAACUGUGCUUUCCCGACGUUAUACACCCGUCUUUUUUACUUCUCAAAAAUUGUUGGUGACCUUCGUCGUUGCAGCGAAUAUUCUAAACGCAAGAGCAACUACACAAUCUUAUAAAACUUGUGGUAGCACUUUAACUACCAAUUGUAAAGAUAUGAGUGAUCCUACUGCUGAGGACUCAUAUACUGCCGGCAGCAGUUCGGUGGCAUUUGUGACAACACCAGAUGACAAGUUGGCCAAAAAAUUAGCACAAGGUUUAGUGGAGAAGAAAUUGGCUGCUUGUGUCAACAUAAUCCCACAUAUACAAUCUAUUUACAUGUGGGAGGGAAAGGUUAAUGAGGAUAACGAAUAUUUAAUGAUGAUCAAAACGAGAACUAGUCGUAUGGACGAAGUAAUCAAGUUUGUACGUGAGAACCAUUCUUACAGUGUGGCGGAGGUUAUAACCUUGCCUAUUGAAAAUGGCAAUGCACCUUAUUUAAGUUGGAUUGAGCAAAUUGUGCCAGAUAAGAAGUAAAUAAACCAAAGGUGAACAGAAUUCUUUGAAACGCAUUGUGAAAUAUAUGCAUAUUAUAAAUUUAAAAAUAAAUUGAAUUACUUUAAAUAUUAUAAA